AUACUCUGACCACCCAACCCCAUCCCAUCCCAUCCCAUCCCAUCCCUCUAGGUUUCCCAUUUUUGAGAGAUGCCUUGUUUUGUUCUUCUUCAAGCUGGCUUGGCAUGUAGAUUGCAGUUGCUUGCAGAGAACAAGUGAUACUACUCUUUGUAUGCUUCGGAUGUUACGAACAUAGAGGCUUGAGAAUGUAUCUGAAGGGAGGCAUUUCUUCUUCUCUGGGAGAGCUAUGAGAGGUCUGAAAUGGCCAGUGUUUGUUAGUUUAAGGAAGAAGGUAAAGAGGGUCGUAGCUCUCUUUGCAGUACAUUCCCAUUCGACUGAUCUGUCCUUCUUUCCUAAGAGCAUAGUGCAUGUUCCCCCACAUUACUUUAUCUAGAGAGAGAGAGAGAGAGAGAGACUCACCGUUUUCAGGAGUGUUGUUAGCCUGUGGAGGAGCUUGCAAUUGUGAUGAUACUUGGGAAUUUUGUGGCUGCUUCCCUUCUUCUUCUUCUUCUUCUUCCUCUUCUUCUUCCAUGUGUGGGCUCACUGCGAGACACGCCUAGAUUGGUCCAAAGCCGCAGGAACGGCCAGCCGCCGAAUCCUCUACAGCUGACACCCCAACUCUCAACCCAGAUCACUGUUCAUGCAUUCCUGCUCUGGGUUUCGGUUGGCUUCCUGAUGCCGGUUGGCAUUAUCAUCAUCAGAGUGUCCCACCGAGUCCACUGCAUCACAAAGCUCAAGGCUCUGUUCUACGCCCAUGUCAUCGUUCAGACCGUGGCGAUCCUGCUUGCAACUGCUGCCGCGGUUCUAUCGGUAAUCAACUUCGAGAACUCCUUCAGCAACACCCAUCAGAGGUUAGGAGCAGCACUGUACGCACUCAUUUGGAUUCAACCAGUGGUUGCCUUUCUCAGGCCUCACAGGGGAACGAAGCUUAGGGGGGUGUGGUACCUGCUGCACUGGCUGCUCGGGACCGGAGUCUGCGUGCUGGGCGUCGCCAACGUCUACAUCGGUCUGCACACGUACCGAGAGAGAAGCUCGAGAAGUGUGAGCCUGUGGGCGUCUCUACUCACGGCGGCGGUGUCGAUCGUUGCCGUCGUCUAUCUCUUGCAAGACAAAUGGGAGUAUCUGAUGAAGCAAGCAAGGGUGGGAGAUGAGCAGGUCACACCAUCUCCUCUCGGUGGCAGCCACAAGGAGUAAGAAAUGAAUCAAUUAUGGAUGCCAUGCUUCUUUUACAAGCAGAAGUGAGAGAUACCAAAAGCAGGAAGGUGAAUUAGUAGUGGAAUUACAGCUGCAAAGACGAUAGUAGGACAAAGGCAUCAGAGUAUCAUAUAACAACAUCAGGUCAAAAAGAAGGAUACAAUUGAGCACCACAAGCAUUUAUUGCCGUGGACCUUUCUGAUUAUGUACAGUUGACUCUGGAGAAUCUACUGUUCAUCGUCCCCCUAUCAUUGGAUAGGCAGUUUUGCCAUACCUUGGAAAGAUUUCAUUCGGCCUUCCCAACUCAGUGAUAGAUGGCUUAGGCCCAAGAACAAGCAGUGUAAGCUUGAAUUGUUAUCCUUUGCUCGCUAACUGACAGCAGGGUGAAUGGAAUUGUUGCUGUUUAUGCUG